CCUGUCGGCGGAGUUUGGAAAGUAACUACACACCCCCAUCCAGCUUUAAGAAGAAGACGAAGAAGACGAGAAGAGAGAAAAACAGUUACUUAUUAUCAAACGAUGGGAAGUUUUUGACGUCACUGUGGCUGGUCUGACUGAAUGUGUGGACUGACAACAUGCGUUCUAGUGUGGAUGGACAACCAGACCCUCAUGGCAGAGGAGGCACAGCCAACAACAACCAUAACAACAACAACAACAACAACAACAACAGCAGCAGUGAAAGCAGUGGAAACUCUGGUUCCCAGUAUGCACUGUGUGCUCUGGGGGUUGGGCUUGUUGCCCUCGGCAUUGUGAUGAUUGUGUGGAGUGUGGUACCUUCAGACUCGGUUGGUAACAGCAGCAGCAGUACAGGAGGAGGAGAUGGAGAUUAUGGUGGCAGGAAAAAUAAAGCUUCCUCCGUGGCCUUUGUCUUGGUGGGUUCUGGGGUGGUCAUGCUGCUGCUGUCCUUGUGUCUUGGAAUGAGGAACAAACAGCGGGAGCAGAUGAGGCUUCUGGAGGCCCAGAGCAACAGACUGGCAACUAUUGCGCAGGAGGAAAGAGAAAAUGCUGAGGAGCAAGCCCAGCGCUACGCGGUACCCACCUAUGAAGAGGCAGUAUGCAGUGGCCAGUACCCUGUCCGGCAGAGCAACCUUCGCCCAAGCUCCUCCCAGCUACCAUCCUAUGAUGACUUGGUCCAAGUAGAUGGGGUGCAGUAUGAAUUUGAGGGGCCGGAGGUCCCCCCAGCUGGGGCACAGCCUGCUCCAGCUCCCAGUGGUCCCUCUGCUGCUGCUGCUGCUGCUGCUCCCACUUCUACUUCAAAUCAUAGACCUGGGAAAAAUACCCGCAAGCUUCUCCCUAUCAAGAUCCGCAGGAUUAAAUCAGAGAAGAUCCACAUGAAAAAUAUUGAUAAUUCUCAGCCAGCACCUGUAAUGAGUAUAGAACCACUUACCCCACCACCGCAAUAUGACGAUGAACUGCCCCCACUUUAA